ACUGAGAAAAAUGAUAUGGCUUAUAUUUAAUAAAUGAUUAUUUGACCGAUAUUUAUUUAUAGUAAUCUCAGUAAGCCAAUAACAAGUAUAUCUGAUUUCCAUCAAAGAAAUCAACAAAUAUGAGUUAUUUUUAGUUAAUAACAAAUUUAUUCAGGCCAAAUUUAUUUAGACCAAAUAUUAUUCAUUCCAUGCAAAUAAAUGAUUAUUAGAAAUAUUUAAUUCAAAGUAUAUAUUUCAGUGAAAUAUACAUUCGUUAAUAGUUAACAUAUUUAUUUGUCUACUCCACUCAUUCUUUAUACUUGUCGAAUCUUGUCUUUCGCUAUCGACCAAUAGGACGAAUCGCGGCGCCCUGCAUGACCGUAUUUGCGCAGGUCUGAAGGGUCCGCAGUGCGGUACUGCGUACUCCACAGGAGAAGAGUUCAGUACACAUACUUUCUUUUCGUAGUUCGAAGUAGUAUUACUAUUAUUUAUUAUAGACUAAGAUCAGAAUAUCUAUAUCACGCAAUCAUAAUAUUUAUAUGUAUUAGUUGUGACUGUGAAUCUGAAGAUAUCAAGGCAUAAGUAUACCGAAUAUGGAAAACUUUUUGGAGGAAGGAGGAUUGAUGCAUCUUAAAGAAUCUCUGGAGGAAAAUGGAAUAGAUUCAAUUGACCUAAUAACACAACUUGUACAGGAUAAAUCGUUCGAAGAGACAGUGCCUCGAUUGGGAGAUCGAUUGAAGAUAAAAAGGAAACUAUCCCUUUCUCAAAAGACUUGUUAUGAUGAGGUAACAGACCAAAUUUCUACGAAGAAAAUCAUAAUAGACGUUCCGGAUAUCCAUGCAACCCCAUCUGAAGUACAGUCGUUACGCAGUACUUCCUCGAUUGAUUUGGAUUUCACAUCUACACCGAUUGUGUUCAACAUUACACCUACACCUGUGUUGUCCAGUAUUAUAAUUGGAGAUAAUACAUUCCACUUGGAGCAAUUGUUGCAGAAUUCACUCAUGGGUAGGGCUAUUAUCGAACUCUAUAGAACGAACGGACAAUUAUCAACAACUUGUCAAUCUUAUUUGGUGGAGUUAAUCGUUCAACAUUUGAUAAACAUCCAACCUUUCAGGAGACUAACGAAUGAGGACUUUAGAAGACUAUCGAAACAUAUUGUCGAACUAUUUCCUGGUGAAUUACACCAAGUAUAUUUCACCUCUCCAAUAAAAAAAAGAAAUUCCAAAGAUAACAAAAGUGGGGUGGCGAGGGGCAAACUUGUUGACAAAUAUAGGAAUAGGCUGACAUUCCUAAGAAAAUCAGGAAUCAUUUCUGCUAAAUAUACAGAUAAAGAAGAGAUUAAUACACCUGAACCUAAUGAAAGAAAUCUUGAAGAUGAUGACUUCGAAGAAGAUUUGGUUUGGCUGAUACAUAACAGGGAACCCUGGGGAGAAGUGAUAAAUAAAUGGUCUCAGACCUUUGAAUAUAGGAAACAACUCAUCAGGCAGGAUAUAGAGUUUCAGGAGAUUUUACAGAAAUUUCCCAUUAUCAAAAAUCCCCUAGGAUACACUUUAAUUGACAUUGAUUUCAAAAGGACAUUCCAACCACAGUAUCAAUUAAUUUUUAAAAAAUUCGAGCCUAUCUUCCACAAGCUUUUGGAGUUGAAGAAGAAAAACUUGAAUCAUGGUGAUUUACUGAUUGUAGAUCUCAUUCAAUCGGAAAAAAUUAAUGUUGAAAGUCGUCAUUACUACAUGCUUACCUUAUUGGCUUCCCUUUUACCACAAAAAUCAUAUGGAAAGAAGGGCAACAUAUGGCACCCUAGAAUAACGGACAGCGUGAAGGGUGUUAUAGUACAUAUUAAGAUUCCUGCUGAAAUCGAGGACACAAUUAAUAGCAAGAGGAAAUUUCUAUCCAAGUACAACCUUCCUCUACUUCCUUUUGUGAUUAUACAAGGGCCAUCCAUUUCAGAAAUUGAAAAUGUUUAUGUUGUCUACAAUGAUAUCAUUUAUCGUUGCGAUGGGGUACUGAAAGCAAUUGAUAUAUGUUUUCAGAUUAUACAUAUUUUCAACUUAAGAUACCCUUAUGAAAGCGAGAACAUAUGGAUGUUUAUUCAAAUAGGUAUGUACAACCUAAACACUCCUUAUGAUAAGAUACCCAAUAUUUUGGAUCUUGUCAACAAAUGUUCAUAGAAAUUCAAAGUUCUUCAAAUACUGGUUGCGUCAAUCUUUUAAUUUUAGCUCACUCGAUCAACUUUUGUUUUCAAUAAUGGUAUUAUGUAAAGAAUGUGGCAAGAAGCUUGCUGAUAAUAAUUCUUAUCUCAUUCACAUUUCAACAAUUCAUAGAUUUUUGAGUAACUUUUCAUGUGGCCAACAGGAUUGUCCAAGGAAGUUCAAUACUUUAUCAUCUUUGAAAAAACAUACACAAAAAUUUCACUCAGAGAAAAAUGUGGCCAAAAAUAAAAAUUCUGAAUCUAAAUCCUCUUCUAAUAAUUCUUUCCAUUAUGACAAUGAGGUUUUAUAUGAUGAAUGUCCAGAACUGUCCGAAAAUUCUCCUAAUAUUGUAGAAACUAUUUUGCAAGAUACAUUUGAAUUGCAAAUGUUAACUUUUGUGAAUAAACUAUAUUCUCAUCCUGCCAUCAAUAGAUCUGUUGUUCAUGACAUUAUAGGCACUACUUCUGAGCUGAUCAAUAACAUAUUCUCAAAUAUCCUUUUAAAAAUUGAAGAUUUACCAAAUCUGCAAGGUCAUUCAUCCUAUAAUGAAAUUAUCUCAGCGCUAUCAACGGAUAUUUUCAAAUCUUGUAAAUCAGAGUAUAAACGGUUUCAACUUUUGGCAAAACAUAAUUUAUAUUUCAAACCAGAAGAGUAUUUCAUUGGCUACCUCCCUGAAAGUAGAACCUCAUCUAUUGCUAGUACAUCACAAGUACUCACAAAACAAUGUAAAGGCGUAAUUAUAUCUCUCAGAAAAAUUCUUAAAAAAUAUUUAGAAACCCCUGGUGUUCUUCAAUACAUGUUGGAUUAUAUCAAAAAUGAAGAAGAGGUUUCUGAUUAUAUGAGCAGCAUGUUUAAUUGUAGCUUAUGGAAAUUUAUAAAAAAUAAAAUGGGGAAUAAAACGAUACUUCCUUUAUAUUUAUAUUAUGAUGAUUUUGAGACUGGAAAUGUUUUAGGAACCCAAGCAGGAGUUCACAAAUUAGGGGGAGUUUAUGUGUCGUUUGCUUGUAUGGGGCCAGAAUUUGCAUCAAGAUUAGAAAGUAUAUUUUUGUGGGGAAUAUUUUACUCGUCAGAUCGUGUUACUUUUGGCAAUGAGGCUGUUUUCAAAGUCUUCUUAGAUGAAUUGAAAUUCUUGGAAACUGUUGGCAUAAAUGUAAAUAACAAACAAAUUUUCUUUGUUGUACCAGUUUUUUUAGGCGAUAACUUGGGAGUUAAUUCAAUUCUAGGCUUUCAUGAGAGUUUUUCAUCGAACAAUUUUUGUCGUGCAUGUUUUUCUCAUAAAAAUGAAACAAAAUUUAUGACUAGAGAAAAUAAGAAUAGUUUGAGAAAUGAAGAUAAUUAUAACAUACAUAUUGAAGAGAACAGUCAUGGAAUAAAAAGUUCUUGUAUGUGGAAUGAAUUAUCUUAUUACCAUGUCACUAAAAAUUUGCACUUUGAUAUAAUGCAUGACUUGUACGAAGGCAUUUGUCGUUACGAUUUCGGUAGAAUUUUGAAAUUUUUCAUAAAAGAGAAAAUUUUCACUCUGGAAACCCUUAAUAGAAGAAUCAAAUACUUUAAUCAUUCAUCUGUAGAUGUAGGUAAUAAAAUUCCAUUAAUU